UUCUGUAUCACUGUUAAGUGUAUUCAUGUACUAUUGAAGACCUGAGGCUGUCCACCACUUCUCUCUCUCUCUCUCUCUCUCUCUUACAUAAUCAAACAUUCCAACAUGAUAACCUUGCAAUCAUGGAGUCCCCCGCAAACCACCCAAACCGUUGCCGAAUCCCAAGAAACAUCACUUUAUGAUCUUUUCUUGAUUUCUUCUUCUUCUUUGCCGUUGACUGAAUUCUCUUCUUCUAAAAUCUAAAGGGAUCAUCUUCUCUUCACUUUUCCAAAGCUUCUCCUUUAAAUAUAGAAGCUAUGGCAUAUUUCCGAAUCCUAUUAUACUCAGAGAAGAGGGUUCCACUUUCAUGGCAUACAAUAGUAAUCUACACAGCAGCAGCCACAAUUCCUCCUCCUCCUUAGCUUGGGAUCUUCACAGCCUUGGAGUUUUCAACGCAGACAUGUCCUUAAUUAUGGAGACCAGUGCACCCUUCUUACCACUUCCUGAUUUUUCAACUGGGUAUCUUCAAGAUGCUUUGAUGGAAUGGAAUGAUCGGUGUAAGAGAAGACGCUUGGAGUUAUAUGACCAUGAUGAUCAUGAUCAAAGAAUGAGCUUGCAGAACUAUUGGAGUUCGAAUUGGACUGGAGAGCCACUGGAGAAUUUUAGUUGUUUUAGUAACAUAACUGAAGCUAAUGGGGUUUCAGGUGAACCCUUAAACUCUUCAAUCAGCAGUAUCAGUGAUGGAGAAACCAUUUUGUCAGGGAUCAAAACAGCAGAAGACUCAGUGUCAGGUCCUGAAACAUAUGAUUUUCCUUCUUGCCAUGACAGAGACACCCAAAUUUCAAGUGAUACUGUGUCAGCCAAAGGUGUUUCAGAGGGUGGUGGGCUUAAGAUGAAAAAGAAAGUCAUUACUGGAGUAGUCUACCCAUUUGCAUUAGUGAAGCCUGGAGGAGUAGAUGGGGACGUGACCCUUAAUGAUAUUAAUGAGAGGAUCCUCAUGCCACCAACUAGACCGGUGAGGCACCCGGUUGGAGACUUUGCUGGUCGUCCAUGUGUCUCUCCUGAUGGUCCCGGUCUCUCAGGGAAAGCAGUGGUGGCCCUAACCAAAAUCCAGACUCAAGGGAGAGGAACCAUCACAAUCAUCAGAACCAGAGGUUAAGGAAAAAGAUUGAAGGGUUAUUCUUGUUCUAGCUUAAUCCAUGGAUGUAGUCUCAAUUGUAUAGUAACUAAAGAUAGAAGAUGAAUGAGUAUGAGAUGACUGAGUGUGUUAUAAUUAAUGGGUUUUGAACCAAUUAAGACUUAAGAGUGAGUAUACACAGUUGAAUUCGUGUAUUAAAAAGCUGUAAAUUGCACCUAUACAAGACAAAGUGGAUUAGGUUAUUGUCUCA